AUGGACGUUCGGGAUGUCUUGUCGUUUGCGUCACCAAGCCCCCAGUUGAAGCGGUCUUUAAAACCUCCUCCUCCACCAUCUCUUCAGCUUGAAGCAGAGGCAAAACGACCUAAGGUCAGCACUGAUCACGUAUCCGCAUUUUCUGACACUUCAUCUGAUGUUGGUGAUCUCGAAGACUUUUCACGUCCGUUCAAUGCACCGGAUUCAUGGGAUUCGGAAACAAGCAAUGGGCCUACUACUGUUGGAGCAAAUGAGGUGACUGAGACUACUGUCCGUCGACUUACUGUACUUCUUGAAAAACGUGCUUUAAGCAAUCAGGAAGCUCGAACUAAGUUCCCUGACCAACCUAAGCGUUUUAUGCAGUCAGAAUUGGAACUACAAGAAACACUAGAGGAGAUGCAGGUGCUUGCAGCCAAUCCAGAAUUAUACCCAAUCUUAGCAGAACAAACACGUCCCAUAUCAUUAUUGUUAGGUUUAUUGGCUCAUGAAAAUACAGAUAUUAGUUUAUCUGUUAUUGAUCUGUUGCAUGAAUUACUUGAAUCUAGUUGUUUACAAGAAGCUGGAUUAGACAAAGUUAAUCAAUUUUUAGAAGUUUUGUUUUCUGGACAAUUGAUACAAUCACUUAUACAGAAUAUUUCACGUUUAGAUGAGACGAAAAAAGAUGAAGCUGACGGUGUGCAUAAAACACUCGGAAUUGUUGAAAGUUUACUAGAAAUUCGUCCAGAUAUGAAUGUGACAAUGGCAAAUCAAGGUUUAUUUGCAUGGCUUCUACGACGUUUACAAAAACGUCCAGUAUUUGACAAAAAUAAAUUAUACGUUAGUGAGCUAUUAUCAAUUUUAUUACAAAUGGAUGAAGCUAAUCGUCGUCAAUUAGGUGAAGUAGAUGGUAUUGAUAUAUUGUUGCAACAAUUAUCUGUUUAUAAACGACAUGAUCCUGGAAGUCAAGAAGAAAUUGAAUUAAUGCUUAAUUUAUUCGAUUGUCUUUGUAGUUCACUAAUGUUACCUGAAAAUAAAGAUAGAUUUUUAAAAGGUGAAGGUAUACAACUAAUGAAUUUAAUGCUUCGUGAAAAACAUAUGUCUCGCGACAGUGCUCUACGUGUUCUUGACUAUACUUUAUGUCCUGUUUCACAAUUAAUGGAUCAAAAUACCAAUGAAUUACAAUCACAUCAAAAGUCUACUAUCAAUACAGUGGAUCCUGAAGCUGUAGUUAUAGCUAACUGUUCAAAGUUCAUUGAAAUUUUAGGUUUACGAACUAUUUUCCCAUUAUUUAUGCAUUGUCCACGUGAACAUGCACUUCGAUCAACUUCAUCUGGAUCAAAAACCAAGGUGAAAGUUAUUAGUGGUCCUACUGCAGCUGAAAUGGAAGAACAUGUAAUUAAUAUUAUUUCCGCUUUGCUACGUCAUUCACCUCCGGAAACUUUCAAAUCUCGUGUUUUGGCUAAAUUUGUCGAGAAUGAUCAUGAAAAAGUGGAUCGACUAAUUGAAUUACAUUUGAAAUACUUAGAUAUUGUUAAAGCAACCAAUAGUAAAGUUGAAACAAUGCGAAGGAACGAGAAAAAGUGGAUCGGCUAUACUCGGGAAGAAGUGGAAACAGAAUUGAUGCUCAAACGUCUAGAAGGUGGACUAUUGCCACUACAAGUUUUAGAUGUUAUAAUUCUUGAUGUUUGUGUAAACGGUGCACCAACGAUUUUGGAACGUGUACUUCACCUAUUGAAAAUGCGAUCUAUUUCAAUAAACUCCGUACUUGAUACAGUUCAAGGCUAUGUGAAUAAUUUAGGCGAAGAAUCAACUACGGGCACAUCAUUCUCUGAGAAAACUCGGGUUCUAAAUCUCUUAAAGAAAUUUAAAGAACUGUUAACAAGUUGA